GCCGCUGCAGACAUGGAUCCGCGGACAGAAAGACAGCUAGUCGUCUUCGACUUUGACUGGUCACUCGCAGACCAGGAUACUGACCGGUGGGUCCUCGAGGUGCUCGCACCUGACCUCCGGAGGAAAAUGAAAAAUCUCAAAGAGCAGGUUCAGUGGACGGACUUGGUUGCUCAAUGCUUACGCGAGCUCCAUGCGCGUGGCGGAACCAGGGAAGAUAUUGAGGGAGCCCUUAAGAUCAUGCCCUUUCAUCCCGCUAUGAAGCGUGCCGUUCUGAAGGCCAAAGAGAAGGCAAACCCGAAGACUACCUUCCUCUGCCUGUCCAACGCCAACCAGGUCUUCAUCGACACCAUUCUCAAAGAACAUGGCCUCGAGGCCCUCUUCGACGAGAUCAUCACCAACCCUGCGGAGUGGGACCAUUCAGGGUUGCUCAAGGUCAGCCGCCGGAUAGAUCCUACUGGUCCCCAACACAAGUGUCAGGUCGGAUGUAACCCCAACUUGUGCAAAGGUGAGGAGCUUGACGCGUUCCUGGCGCGCCAUCGACCCGCUUUCGACCGUGUCAUCUAUAUUGGUGAUGGUUCGAACGACUUCUGUCCUAUCUUGCGCCUCCGGAGCGAAGAUAUCGUCUUCUGCCGUUCAUUUCGCGGGCUGCAGAAACGCAUUCAGAAGGAGAGAGAAUCCGCGGGUCUCAAAUGCCAAGUGCACUAUUGGGCCGGCGCCUGGGAGGUCGAGGAACUCUUCAACAAGAUAUAGAAGCACGCUGUACCAAGAUGUCGUCCGGGCAUAGAGCAUCACCGCAUGCGUAUACCAUAAUUUUCCAUUCUUGCGUUGAAUGCUAUAUAAGAUUCACGGGCAUCGUUCAACACGGGCCUCUCUUA